AUGGGUAUGGGCGAUGGCCAAUUGACUUAUCUUGUGAGUGUUGCAACGGGAUAUAAUCUUCCGAUGGUUGUGGUUCCCAAGGGUGGGAAAGGAAGAGAUUGUAGAUCUAUUGGUUGCACAACCGAUCUCAACAAAAAGUGUCCCCAAGUGCUACGUGUUAUGCAUGAAGAUGAGUGUGUGGGUUGUAACAUGGUGGAUUGCCAAGCUCAAUUGCACGAGGACUAUUGCUCAGGUUUGACUGGCUAUUUGAACUUCUUUCAAGGCUUGUGCCCUUUGGCUCACUCUUCUUCUUCUUCCACUAAUAAUACUUUCGCCUGCCUAUCUGCCGAUGUGGAUCUUACUUUUUGUGCUAACGACUUACAAACCACCAGGAGUAGUACUGGUAAGAAAGAAGAGAAUGAGAAGUCUUACGAUGGGAAGCAGAAGAAGAAUAUUGUAAUAAUAUUGGUAAUGGUUGGGAGUUCCAUGGGAGUAAUGGUGUUCGGAUGCUCUUGCGUAUUGGUAAUAGAGUCCUUCAAGUUUUUGGCCUUUGAUUAUGGUUAUGGAACCUUUGCUUAUCCCUAUAAUACCUAA